UACAACUAAAACUUUUAAGUGACAUGCAUCUAUUAAUAGUUCAUGCAUUGGGCCAGAUUGAAGUGGAAGAAGAAGUGGCUCAAGGAAGCACAGCACAUAUAUACAGAGGAAGAUGGAGAGGAUAUGAAGUUGCAGUUAAAUGCGUAUUGCCCGAGUUCUUUCUCUUGAAUGAAAACGGUGUUAGCUUCUUUGCUCAAGAGGUCGAGACGCUAUCGAGGCAACGACACCGUUUUGUGCUGCAGCUUAUGGGGGCAUGCCUUGAUCCUCCGCACCACGGCUGGAUAGUGACAGAAUUAUUAGCAAUGACACUAAAAGAUUGGCUGCAUGGUCCUGGUAAAAGAAGAAAACAAAGAGCUAUUCCUCUUCCUCUUUUUGAAGAGAGACUUGGUAAAGCAAUGGAAAUUGCUCAAGGCAUGCAAUAUCUUCAUGAACACAAGCCCAUGGUGAUUCAUCGCGAUCUUAAACCGAGUAACAUUUUCUUGGAUGAUUCCAUGCAUGUUAGGAUUGCAGAUUUUGGACAUGCUAGGUUCUUGAAUCAUGAAGAAAAGGCUUUAACAGGAGAAAUAGGAACAUAUGUAUACAUGGCACCGGAAGUGAUUCGGUCAGAACCUUAUGAUGAAAAGUCCGAUGUCUAUAGUUUUGCCAUUAUUCUCAAUGAGCUUCUCACCGGACAAUAUCCUUACAUUCAAACUCAUUAUACUCCUUCUAAGAUAGCAUUGGAAGUUGCAGAAAAUGGGUUAAGGCCAGAACUUCCGGAGCAGCAUGAUGAGCUACUUGAAGAGCUGAUACAACUCAUACAACUCUCGUGGGAUGAAGAUGUUGCACUCAGACCUUCUUUUCGAGCUAUAACAUCUACUCUCACAAAAAUUCACCAUAAAAUAAUACCUAGUACCAUUUAGAUUAAAAAUAAUAAUUUUACAACGAAAAGAAAAGACUAAAUGGUGAAUUUGAAAAAAUAUUUAGAAGGUAUAAUGUCUUCUCUAAUCAUUUGCCUCAUUUUCCUUAAAUGUAUAUAUAAUCAUGAUAUACAUGAAAUAUAUACACUGAGAUAUAGGAAAUACAAGGUGCAUACACUGAUUUUCAGGGAGAGUC